CCCCCCCUCCCCCACUUCAUCCGCGUUAUUGGCAGUAACCAGUUUGUUUUGAUCUGAUGUUCAGUCACAUUCAAUCGUUUCGCGAUUUAUGAACAGGAAUAGUUAGGCACCGAAAUUUGAACGACCGUGAAGUGGUUCAUCUUAGACGAUGACCGAUGGACUAUCUAGGCAUACAGUUAUAGACUGACAGAGAGGGAAGAACAAUCGCUAGUCGCCACAAAGAUGGAAAACAAAGACGGAGAUAAUAGUGGCCCAGAGGAUGCCACCCUGGACUCUAGCCAGACUCCUGACCCUCCUACCUCUUGUCCGUACCAAAGCAGCUCAAAAGAUAGUCGCAAUUCAACCAAGGAGGAGCCUCGGCUUCAUACAGAAGGAGUUAGUGAAUACCUCACUCACUAUGAGAGAACAGGCUACACUGAAGAUUCGCUUCGUCAAUUUGUUGUCCUCGAUGACAUUGGAUCGAAAGGAAAGAAGAGGAAACGGGAUAAUGAAGAAGGAGAAGAGGAAGGAGAGGGAGAUGAAGAAGACGAAGACAGUGAGGAUGAAGACGAAGACCAAGAGCAAGAAGAAAGCAAUGACAGCGCUGAUUCUUACUAUGGUGAAACUGACAACUCAGAUGUAUGUGAUGAUGAGAUUGAAAUGAUGCUGGAGGAAGGACUAUCUGACAAGUACAAAGUCAAGAGACAAAAGCUGGCCAAUGGGAGGUACGCCAAAAAACUGGAUCCUGGUCAAUUUGAAAAUCGUCGUAAGUUAGUUUUGGAUGAAAUCUGUACAAACCAUUUUGAGAUGUUGCCGGAAGGUUGGGUGCAAGUGACUCACAAUACGGGUAUUCCAAUUUAUCUUCACAAAACAACUCGAGUUUGUACCACUGCAAUGCCUUACUUCUUAGGUCCAGGAAGUGCUAGAAAACACAAGGUUCCUAUUAGUGCUAUUCCAUGUCUGCAAUAUCGCAAGGCAUUAGAUCAAGAAAAAGGUCUUCAGACGGACAAAGCUGAUGGGGAAGGCAGCCUAAGUCCUAUUGCUGAAGUUGAAACUGAUCCCAACAAGGAAGGUGUUAUCGGUACAAAUGAACAGGAAAUCACCAUUAAGGAUGAGAAGGAUGCUAACAAGGAGAAUAAGGACCAAGAUCAAAAUGCAGAUGGCCCUAGUGCCAACAAAACCAUUGGUGAAUUAGCCUCAGCCAGGAAACCAGGGAACCCAGUAUUGCCUGCUGCACGCAUAGAAACUGCCAAAGAAAAUGCUGAUGCUGUCAACAUGAGUCAUGUAGAAUUACGUGAAUAUUGCCAGAGGCUCUUUAGGUUCAAGACAAUUGAAGUCAUGAGAUUUAAGACAUGGGCAGAACGAAGAAAGUUUGCAAAGGUGAAGAAGAAAGAAAGACAGCUUCAGAGGCCUUCUCUUCCAGAAGGGACCAAAUUGAUUACGUUCCCAAUUAUAGAAGGAGGUGAAGCAGGCUCUGGGGGAAGAACUAAGAAGGAAUGGAUCAUGAACCCAAAUGGUAAAAGCUAUGUUUGCAUACUCCAUGAAUAUGUGCAACAUGCUCUCAAGAAGCAGCCUGUGUAUGAAUUCAAAGAUCUUGAAAAUCCAGCUACUCCCUACUCUGCUACUGUUUCCAUAAAUAAAAUGAAGUAUGGGACAGGAGUAGGUACCAGUAAAAAACAAGCCAAAGCAGAAGCAGCCAAAAUGACUCUAGAAAUUCUAAUUCCUGAAAUGCGUCAGAAAAUUGAAAAUGACAGCUACAAAGGAGGAAGAGGGCCAGGGCGUGUCCAGCACUCUGAUCUUUCAUUUUUUGAUGACAUCAAAAUUGAAGAUCCCCGAGUACCAGAAUUUUGUGCCAAAACCACAGAGCCAUCGCCAUAUGCAAUAUUGCUGACGUGUUUGAAAAGAAAUUUUGGAUUGAGUGACAUAGAUAUCAAAUAUCAAGUUAAUACCCUCAGGCAUCAAAAGAAUGAAUUCAAAAUGUCUGUUGGCAACCAUUCUGCAACUGUGAUUUGUAAAAACAAACGUGAAGGGAAGCAGCGGGCAUCUCAGUCCAUACUCCAGGCGAUGCAUCCUCAUAUCAACAACUGGGGAUCUCUGCUUCGUUUGUAUGGUAGUCGCUCAGUUAAAACACCCCGAGAAAAGAAAAUUGAGGAGCAGGAAAUCACCACACUCCAGAAUAGAGCUGCAGCGAACCAACCUAACUGGGCUAUCUUGGAAAAGCUAAAGGAUGCCAUGUUGAAGCUGGAGGAAUCUCGAGCUGCUGUCAAACCAAUUGGUGAUUUUGUACCACCUGAUGAUAUAGAGUUACCUUCUACCUCUGCCUCCAACUUAAAUAACAUUGAGUUAUAAUUUGUCUUGUAUUGAGUGAGAUGUUGUUACACUAUGAUGACUGUUUCCAAUAGUAUUUUUCUGCCACACAGCCACUUUUUCUGAAAAUGAAAAUAUUAGCCUUAAUAAGCAAUCUGUGAUUCACUUAUGUUCGUUUAAAAUUUCAUUAUUUGACCCUGUAAAUUAUAGUGUGGGGUGUCUCAUAUUGGCACUUUUUCUUGUGCUUGUGUCUGUAAACAAUAUUUUAAAUGUGACUUUUUUUUUCUUCAUUCCUUUUUUUUUUCAAGUAUUUUAGAACCUUGUGACAAAUCUCUUGUGGAAUUGUUAAUGUCAAUAAAUGCUUUUUUUCUUAAA